GGAGAAAGAAGCCAUAUACAGCAUUAUGGAAAAGACAAAUUAUUCCACUGACUACAAUUUUAGGGGUCUAAAUUUGACUGUGGUUGUGAUGAACUUAACAGAUAUUCUUGUUCCAGUCACCGCUCCAAAAGUGUCUAAUACAGCUCCAACAAAACAGAUAUUAAACCCAGUGGAGGCUUACCGUUUUUAUUAUUUCAAGCUGCAGUUUCACGUGUCUAAUCAAUCUCAAUCAGUACAAACAUUGAUCCCAGUGGAGGCUUUCCAAAAUGUCUCUGAGGCCGUGCAGAAAGUUGGAAUAGUUAUUUACCAUUCCAUUCAGCAGUUUAAUACAAAAAAUUAUUCUAUCAUGUCCAAAGUCAUACGGGUUGAAGUUAUUGGACGUGACAUUGUGAAUUUGACCAAUCCACUUAUAAUACAUUUUCCAGUCAAUAACUACACAAACCACUCAACUAAAAGCUACAAAUAUUCCUGUCAAUACUAUGAUGAACACGGAAGUAACACCUGGAAGAGGGAUGGCUGUAACACCACUCAGAUCAGUGUUGAUGUUGUGGAGUGCUCCUGUGACCAUAUGACCGCUUUUGCUGUGCUUCUAGCUUAUGUGAAAAACAUUGAUGCACAUCAUUGGGAAAUCUUGUCGUACAUCAGCUAUGUAGGCUGCGGUCUGUCUGCGUUCUUUUCUGCCUGUACUGUCUUGUCAUUCAUUUUCAGCAGUAACGCGAGGGCAGAAGUGUCCAACAGCAUCCACGUGUCUCUGAGCGCUGCUCUGUUUCUCCUCAACCUGAGCUUCAUGUUCAGCGAGUGGGCCGCCACAGUGACAGUGAAUGAAGUGUGUGUGUUUAUUGCUGUGAUGAUACACUACAGCCUGCUGUGUUCUUUCACCUGGAUGGCUAUUGAAGCCUUGCACCUCUACCUUCUUCUCAUCAGAGUGUUCAACAUUCACAUCAGACACUACAUGGUCAAGUUGUCCCUGAUCGGAUGGGGAGUCCCUGCUGUUAUUGCUGGAGGCUUGCUGUCAGCUAGUAACAUUUAUGGGAUCCAGGAGACGGCAUUAUCUGAUACGAGUACAACAAAUCAAUUUUGCUGGAUCAAAGAACGUUCCGUCCUGUAUGGCGUGAAUAUUUCCUACUUCUCCAUCAUAUUCAUGUUCAACUUAGGAAUCCUUGUCACGGUGUCCAGACAGAUCUUUAAGCUACGACGUGUGGGCAGACGGCAUAACAAGAUGCCAAUUUGGAAGGAUGCUGGCACAGUGCUGGGCCUCAUGUGUCUGCAGGGUACAACAUGGGGUUUGAUCUUCUUCAGCUCUGGAUAUAUCAACUACCCAAUACUCUACCUAUUCUGCAUCUUAAACUCAAUGCAAGGGUUUUACAUCUUUGUGUGGAUGUGUGCUUCAGCGAGGAAAAACAGAGCACAAGCACCUAAUUCCAAGUCUAAAUCCACUCAGGAGACACUUCCAAAUAAGCUCCUCUCGUGCAGUUUUCUUACUAAAACUUUUAAAAACAACACCAACCACAACAUGCAACCAAAAAAAAAAAAACAUUCAAGAAUUCAUGUCAUCAUGGGCUGUUUGGUUAAAAUGUUAUUACAUUGUUUUUGCCAGAGAACUUCCUUUACAUCUAAUAACAGUACAUGAAAAAAAAAAGGUUUCCUCUUUGUGGCUGUACACAUGAUAAAACCUUAAUCUAUGAUCUAACAUAUCUAAUCUGAAACCUAUUUUUGUAUUAAUUAAUAAUCAUAUAU